AUGAAAUCAAUUCUUUGGGCGCUUACAAACGCUCCUGAUUUGUCCGACUCCUUGUCCUUUGUCGGCGAUUCCUACAGAGUCCAACUCAGUAGGGGGCCAAUCGAAAUUACACUCUUUACACCCCGAGAUCCAACGAAGUUGGGCACCUUUGUGAGCAAUCUGCUCUUCGGGCAGGAACAUCUGACUCAGAUCGCUUCAUACUUGAUAGUGGAAACCAUGGAAGUAAACGAUGCAGAACAAGUCGGACCUCAUGCAAUGAAUGCUCCACAGAUUCACCAUACAGCCAAUCACCGUCGAAGCGAUUCUUUGCAAGACACCAUUAUAGAAGACGAUUUUACUCAACUCAAGAAAGAAAGCUCCUCAACUAAGGAUAUAUGUCGCCGAAUUGCUGCAAUACCCCUGAUUCGCUCGUUUAUCCCCAGAGACUUUCUCCUCCCCAAAGUUCUCUUCAAUGUGGGGAUCAUUAGCUACUUGUCGUUCUCUGUCAAGUUACUCUGGAAACUUUCGGUCAUGUUCCAGAGUCAACCGCAUGCCGUUGGUGUUGGAUUUCUGGUUCCAAGUGCUGCAGUUUUUACCUUUGCUCAACUUGAGCGAUAUGCUGGCGAUCAAGUCCCAGGUCGAGAGAACAUCACAGAGAUAACAAAUCCUAUUCUCCAAACCGCCUUGGAUAUGACAUCUCUUGUAGGCAUCUUCAUCUGUACUCUCAUCUUCUGGUUGGGUGCCAUACAUGUUUUAACAUAA